UUCCACAAAAGCAAAUAAAUAUCUCAUGUGAUGGUAUUCUUCUUUCUUGCCAUUCAUCACCUUUAAACCUCCUUCAAUUUCAACUACUAUUUUUGAGUUCAUCUUUCUUUGGGUAGUUUAAGGGUAUCGUUUUAGUAACGAUUUUGUGAUCUCGCACGUCGGUUUUUUGUUUCGGAAUUUCCGACAAAAUUUAGGGUUUUUUCGGGCACCUUUUGUUGGAAAGUGGUAAUGGAGGGAUACCCUAAAUUGAAGAAGGUGAUGAUCAAAGAAGGUUGUGAAGAGACAAGGCUGGAACUAAGGCUGUGCCCUCCAGGAGAUGACUUGUACUCCAUUGGUGGAAGUGGAACUCAUGGCACCAAUUGUCCACCAAAGAAACCCAUGUUUAAGACCUCACAGAAAAGGGUUGCGGCGGUGGUGGUGGGGUGGCCGCCGGUGAGAACGUCAAGGAAGAACAUCAUGACAUCUAGUUAUAACUCCACCAAGGUGGUGUCUUUGCCGGAAAAAGCUCCGGCAGCUGAUAGUGGUGGCGGCAAGAAAACCAGUUCCGAUCAUGAAAACAGUUUGUAUGUGAAGAUUAAUAUGGAUGGAGUUGCGAUUGGAAGAAAGGUUGAUCUGAAAGCUUAUGAUAACUAUCAAAGGCUCUCCUCAUCUGUAGAUGAACUCUUUAAAGGACUAUUGGCAGCUCAAGGAGACGUGUCUUCCAGCACGACAAAAACACAAAUAGAUGUGACAACGGGAUUACUGGAUGGAAACGGAGGGUACACUCUGGUUUACGAGGAUAACGAAGGGGAUAGAAUCCUUGUUGGCGACGUCCCUUGGAACAUGUUUAUAUCUUCCGCAAAGAGGCUGCGCGUGUUGAAGACAUCUGAGUUGUCUGUUUGUCGUCAUUGGAAUAAUUGACCCUGAGCAAUUGACGAUCAACAAACGUCUGAAAUCGCUCGAUUUCGUUAGAUAAAAACAUUGUUGAAAGAAUAUUGUAAAAUAUUCCCAAAUGCUUCGAAAAUGAAAAUAAUACGGAGCUUGGUAAUGUUUCAUGUGUGAUAUUGAGUUUUGACCUUGAUUACUGUGUAAAAUUCCGUAUGGCGCUGAAGUUCGUAAAAGGGUUGAGUGUUGAUGUGUAUUAGAUCGAGAAAUCAGAGUUUGAACUUUUUGCUGCUAUUUCCCACUUGUUAUGAAUCAUUUUAACU